UCUUUUUCUCUCUCUAUUUUUUUUCUUCUACUAAAGAAACCCAUAUCAUUCCUUCCUUAUUUCAAAUGUUGUUUUCUCGUUCAGUUUUAACACUUUCAUGUCUUGUGUUUACUGUUAUAAACGCAGCUCCUAUUCAGUCCACAUUUAAUACUGAUGUCUUGACAGAAACAUCAAAAUACGUGCCUAAAGCAGGCUUCUUUUUGAUAGAAAGUUUAUCAGAAUACUAUGAAAACAUUGUAGAUCAAGUUAUGUUGGAUGUUUCUGAAGAUGCCUUGUCCUUUAUUCCUCAGUCCAUUAGCCAUGGUGAAGUAGAAGGUAGACUUAUUGUUCUUAUUUCACGAUAAACUAAAACCAGACAUUCUUAUAGCUCGACAAUUAGCGCAAAAGUCAUUGAAUCGUAAUCUUAACUUUAUGCGUGCAAGUUUGCUUGCUUCUGUGAAUCCACUUGUGUCUACAGAUAUUCCUCAAAUUGCUGGCUUAACCGACAUUCAAAAUGAAUCUGCUCUCUCUCUUUCUUCUGAAGAGGAAAGAUUGCAUCAAGACACCCAAGAUGAACUCGAAACUGUCUUAUUAGAAUCUAUCUUGACUCUCAACAAAAAGAUCAGUCAUCAACUCGGCUUGAUUGUGAAUGCUGAACAGUCUUCUUCCAUCUUAAUUCGCCAAGCCAAUACCCAUCCUUCAACAAAGAGUCAAAACAAUGCUGGACCUACUGUGAUUACUGUUGAGUGGAAGCUUCGUCAACCUUUCCAAAUUAAUGUCCACCGUGAACAAACCAUUCAACAAUACGAUACAACAUCCGAGUCCGAAUGGCUUUAUCGCCAAUUAGCAUCCGUUGAAGUCAAUUUACUAAAUGAGUUCAAUGAUCGCGCACAGGACGCUGUUCAACUUGUUAUGGAAAGCCUUUCUCUUGAUAUCUAAUUCUAUUUAAUCACACUAAUAACCCGCCCCCUUUCUUUUUGAUUUGAUUCCCUUGUUCGUAUAUUAUUGCUUCUCCUUUUCUUUUAUUCUCUUUUUUUCAAGCAACAUUGUAUUAUAAAAUGACAGCUUCAUUUAUUUAUAUUUAAUAAAGAGCUAUAUCGACUAGCCAUUCAACAGUUACACAAGUAAUUU